AAUAGCCAGCACCAAUAUGAAUGAGUUGUACGAAACAGAUCUUCAUUCCAAUGGUCGACAACGGUAUUGUUUCUCGCGGUCGAAAAAAGAACUCGUCGCAACAACUUUGGUUCGGCCAAAGCUACUCGAAGGAAGCAUGAUGAACGAAGUGCAAUGCGAUGCAUUUUCCUAAUUUUGAGUUUUUAAAUUAACGCAUUCUCGUCCUGCUUUUUUCUGCACUAGUGUUCGUCCCUGAGUAGUCGUUUCAUGAACACGAUGGCGACAUUUCUUUCCAUCGCGCGAUCAUCCCCAGGUAGGACGGGGCUUUCGCUCAUCCGGUCGACGACGUCAAACCCAUGAACUACUCUUGCAAAGCAGGGGUCGGCCUCCGCUGCAUCCUCGUAGUGGCCCUGUCCUCCCGGACCAUGGGCUUCGGUGUUGUCCUGGGUCGAUAUAUAAAAGUCGGGUCCUCCGGGCCGUCCCGCAUAUCCCGCGGUGUAUUUUACGUGCGGAUAAUUGGGAGAAUAUUCUUGGAAGAGGAUCGAGCGGAAUCCCGAGUCCGUGAAUCGCUGUUCGAGUGUCGGCCCGUCGCCCUCCGGGGGACUCAAAAAAUUCCGGACGGGCCCUCCCUGGACGACGUGACCGGCGUUGCGAUGGAACGAACACCCGUCGUAGAGUCCGUGUUCGACCUGCUCGAGGAACCAAUACACGGCAUGGGGCAUCUCGUCGACGGGAGCCAAUUCCAGGGUGAUGUAGCCGCCAUCGACUUCUUCCCCCUCGGUAUUAGAAUCGAACCGCACAAACAUCUCGACCUCGUGGGGCCCGGGUCCGUAUUUUUCCAGCAAGGCCCUCCUGGACAUGAGCUCGACGUGCUCUUUCAUUUUUUGUCUCCGUUCCUGCAGCUGUGUGUUGUAAGAUUCUAGCUUUUGGACCUGCCAUUCCAAUUCUCGAAUGUGCUCCGGAUCAUUUUUGUGCUUCUCGGUGAUCUCGUGCAUUUCUCCUUCCAACCGGUGGUACUUGUCCUUCCACUGCUGGGUUUCCACCAGCGAAGCUUUGUGGAGUUGCUCAUUCUUUUCGAGAUCUGCCUUCUCCUUUGCUAGAGUCUCGAGUCUCCUAUCAAAUUUAAUGGACAGUUCGACCUCCAGUUCGCGCAUGGCUUCCUCUUGCUCUUUCAGCUGUCUCCCCAUCAGUUCGCGCUCGCGGUACGAGACGAACAAGUAACCGGCUCCGGCAGCGAAGAUCACAAAGAGCAAGAAAGAGCACGAUCCCCCGCGACGUUUGCGAGGGACGGUCUUUGUGCGCUUGGGGUACGGGUUCUCGUCGUCAAAGACUGUCUGUGGGCUCGUUUUGAUGCUGCUGUUGUUGUUCUCGUAAACCUUUUGUGGCGAACCUCCCCCCCCCAUGGGCAAGGAAGAGUGGAAUGGUACGCUCGAAGAAGAAACUUUUCUGUGAUUCAGCUGCGGAGAAGAAUCCAUUUUUUUCUCAUCGUGAUAGCCAUUGCUCGCGAUUCGUCGGACGGCGUGUCCGCUUCGGUUCAUGAUAUUGUUGGAAUUCAUGAUUGACCUCCCUCCAACAAAAAUCGUAUUGCUCAAUGAUGCUAACAAAGAAAAUCUGCUUGU